GUAAGACAUGGUUAAAAGCUCCUCUGCACUCCGGCGUGCUCUCAUCACAGAUAUGGAUGCUCUCAGAGGGAAGGGCUGAAACUGGAGCAAAAAAACAAAACAAAAAAAAAAAGGGCAGAGCAGUAGAAGAAAAGUGCAUGGAUGAAAGAAGUGACUGUUAGAGGACAGUAAACAGUUGCAUCAAGGCGGAGAAUGGGCAAUUCCUCCUUCCCAGGUCGAGAGAAGAGAAAGGAUCCCAUGAUCUCUGCCGGUGAUGCCGAGUUCCCGCGGGAUUUCCACACGCUGGCCGCCGGCGGGGGCCGAGGGGCCCGGCACUUCCAGAACAGCAGCAACGGCGGCUUCAUGUCGUCCUCGCUGGACCGCCGGCACAACUCUGUGGCGGCUAAAAGCCUGGAGGCCCUGAACAGCAUCCACAAGGCGGACAUCGAGCGACAGCGGGACGCCCUGAUGGACCUGCAGAAGAACAAAUACUCCAACAGUCCUGGCAGCAUGUCUCAAGGCUCCACUGCAGGCGGACGACAGCAACAACCAAACUACUGGAGCUUCAAGACUCGAACGCCUCGUGUGACUCGACUCAGCCCGACGCAGCCGGCUCUCGCUGACCAGGCCAGCAGGGUUUCUUUCGCCUCGGCAGAAAACCUGGAGACCAUGUCAGAGCCAGACAUGCCCAUCGGAUUCAACCGGAUGAACCGGCUUCGCCAGAGCCUCCCGCUCGCCCGCUCGUCCAGCCAGGCCAAGCUCCGGGCGCCAGGCAUCUUGUUCCUGCAGCUCGGGGAGGAGAUCCGCCGGGUGCACCUGACCCACGAGCUGACCAGCCUGGACACCCUGAGGGCGCUCAUCGUGCACAUGUUCCCCCAGAGGCUCACCAUGGCCAUGCUCAGAUCUCCCAACACCGCUCUGCUGAUCAAAGACGAGACCCGGAACGUCUUCUACGAGCUGGAGGACCCGCGGGACGUCCAAGACCGCUGCGUCAUCAAGAUCUACUGCAAAGAGCCCGUCUACGGGACGUACCCGGGACAUCACAACCCGCACCUGGCCAACGGAGACCUGCGGAGGGAGAUGGUUCAUGCGCCGCAGGACUCUCCCCCCGCCCGCCGCCUCGCCAACCCCCCCAUGUCCUCGCAGCACUCCACCUCCUCUGCCUCACCUCCUCAGGGCUCCCCGUCCCGAGCCCGCCUGCUCUACAGCGCCGGCAGGCCCUCUUCCUACGCGGGGCCGCCACACCACACCCACUCCCUGCCCCACCCCCACGCCCAGUCCCACCACUCCUCCCCCCACCAGCAGCCUCAGCUCCAACAGCCCCACCACGCCCCGCAGGCCUUCUGCACCUCCUCCAGCGCCAUCCUGGAGCGCCGGGACGUGAAGCCCGACGACGAGCUGGGGGGCUCCAGGAGCGUGGUGCUCCUGCGGGGGGAUGACCGCGUAGGAGGAGGGAUCUACGCGGACCCGUACGCUCUGGGCCCGGACCCGACCCGGCUGAGCCUGGCAGGAGGCCCGCACUCUCCCCUGCCGGCCAGAGCCGACCCGUACGCCUCCUUGUACCGCCGUGGCGGUGGGGGAGGUCCGGGAUCGGUGCGGUCUCUCACCUCGUACUCUGCAGCCGCUUUACAAGGAGAGCUGAUGGAGAGCGGCGUGCUCUACAGACCAGGAGGACCGCUUUACAACGACGCCUACGCCGCCUCCAUGUUGGCCAUGGGGCUCCGGGUGCCUCCCCCCUCCUCCCCCCAGAAGAUACCCGACAUGAGGGAUUCCUACGGCGGAGCCCUGCCCGCUCGGGGCUCCCCCGGGAGGCAGACCCUCAGGCGGGACUCCGUCACCUCCUCUGUGUUCGGGGACAGUCCCAAGGCUCGAGGCCCCGGUCCAGGUUUGGGUCUCACCGCUGAGCAGCUCUGCCUGAUCGGAGGAGGGGACGGAGGAGGCGGGUUCGGAUCUCCUCUGCUUGGGAACGAGACAGAGACCAGGGAGCGAAUGGAGGCCAUGGAGAAGCAGAUCGCCAGCCUGACCGGCCUUCUGCAGAGAGUUCUGACCCGAGCGCCCGAAGCAGAGAGCCCGGAGAAGAUGGAGUCGGCGAGCGACGGCUCAGGAACCGACCCUGGACAAACUAAAAAAAAGAAAGCUCUGACCCCGUCGGCCCCUCUGGCCCUGAUGCCGCCGCCGCCCUCCAGCUCCAACCAGCCCGUCGCCGUGUCCCGUCUGCAGAUGCAGCUGCACCUGCAGAACCUGCAGCAGAACACCAACGCUCUGCGCAAACAGCUGUCGCAGCUGCGCAACAUCCAGCUGGAGAACCAGGACUCGGUCCUGUCCCUGCUGCGGCAGACCGAGUCCGAGCUGAGCCUCAUGAUGCUGGACGCCAUGCGGCCCCAGGAGGACCCGCUGCAGAGACAGCGCCUCCUGGUGGAGGAGGAGAGGCUCAAGUACCUGAACCAGGAGGAGCUGCUGAUCCAGCAGCUGCACGACCUGGAGAAGUCUGUGGAGGAGCUGCAGAGGAACUCCUCCAUCAACCACGGCCUGGUGACGGAGCAGGACGUGGAGCAGAAGAGCAAAGAGCUGAGGAUGCUGGGAGACACGCUCGCUGAGCUCAAAAACCAGUUCCCCAGCCUGCAGAGUAAGAUGAGGGUGGUGCUGAGAGUGGAGGUGGAGGCUGUCAAGUUCCUGAAAGAGGAGCCGCACCGCCUGGAGGCUCUGCUGAAACGCUGCAACUCCAUGACUGAUGCUCUGAGCACGCUGCGCAGACAAGUCACAGAGGGGGUCUGGAAGACACCGGAGGACAUUUCCAUCCAAGCCCCGAAGCGAGCGGACGACCUGAGUCGCAGCUCGGACCUGGACAUCCUGAACAGUCCUCCUCUCAGCCUCUCUGACCUCAGCACCAGCGCCGGCCUCGCCAACUGGAUGCCUGCGGCGUCUGAAGCCGACGCCUCGGGUCUCGAGCAGGACGUCCAGUCCUCCAUGACCUUCAGGAACCGGAUCCUGGACGAGCUGCCGGGCAGACGUCCCGCAGACAAAGCCGUGUCGGCCGAAGUCAGGCUGGCAGCGGAGCGGGACUGGGAGGAGAAACGAGCCAGUCUGACCCAGUUCAGCGCUCAGGACAUCAACCGUUUGCUGGAAGAGACCCAAGCCGAGCUGAUGAAGGCCAUACCGGACCUGGACUUCGCUGCCAAGCACAUAAACAAACCGGCGGUUCCCCCCAAGCCCCAAAUCACCAUCCCAAUAUCCUCCACCACGGCUGCCGGGCCUGCAGCCGGGACCGCCGGGACCGCCGCCGGCCUGGACCAGCAGCCGGGGAAGGUGCAGCUGGCCGCCCAGAAGCUGAACAGCAUGGAGGGGGGCGGCUCCCACCGAGGGUCGGUGGACCUCGGCGUGACCAAAUACAAAACCGACAAACCCUCCAAGUCUCCCCCUCCGCCCCCGCCUCGCCGGAGCUUCCCGUCGGCCCACGGCCUCACCACCAACCGCACCGGAGAGGUCAUCCUCACCAACAAGAACCAGAAGGUUGAAGAUGAAGCUGAGAUGCCUAAAACGCUGGUGAAGCUGAGGCGGACCCCCUCCGACGCCCCCCGGCCCGCCUCCACGCCGCCCGUCAUCGCAGCCUCGGCCGUUCACGACGAAGACGACGAGGAGAAGAUCAUCGCGGAGCUGGAGAUAUUUCAGAGAGCGCCGGUUAAAAACCCGAGUCGUGCUAAACCCAGCAGAACCCGGUCUAAGGCCGCCCCUCCUCAGGUCUGUGGGUCUUUGGGCAGAAAGAACAGCAGCAUCUCUCCAGGACCGACGAAGGGUCCGACCGUCGCAGCCCGACUCAAACACCUCCAACAGGGGAGCCUGGAGAGACCCAGAGGACGCCGACAGAAAGAGGAUUUCCCCAAAGUCCAGGGCCAGCAGCAGUCCUGAGCUCUUUGCAGCUCAUUCAGCUGAUCGACCUUCAUCUUUUGCUGCCGUUUUUCUUCGCUGCUUUCUUCUGACGUCAUUUCAGUCUUUCUUUUUUCAGUUAAUUUUUUGUUUGUUUUUUGUUUUGUUUUUUUUUUUUUUUGCCUUUUUUCCAUCCUGUCUGCUUCUCAGGUCUCAUCCGGACUAAUCAGUGAGGAGAACUCGGACCGCUCCAGUUUUGGACUUCUAAAUCCUAAUCCACACCUAAUCUGAGGUGUGACUCCAUCGGCCAGAAAACACAAAAAUAAUCCAACUGGAUUGAAAAGAACAAAACCCAGAGCAGAAGCUCUGGACCUGCAUCUCAUUAAAACAGGAUCUGUGUCCCGCUGGAAAAAGUUAAAAUUUAGUUUUCAAUCUUAUUUAGAAGAAAUAAAACAACAAAAUAUAAUUUGUAGUUACUAAUAAUUUAAAGAUACAUCAUUCAGUCUUAAGUUCGUCAUCAGAGGAGCAGGUAAACGGAUCGUUUAGACCCUCAGACGUCUUUGAGGAUGUUUAUUUGCAAAAUAUCUCAUGAACCACAGGAUGUCCUCGCCCUAUCUGGACCUGGUUCUUUGGGUCAUGAUCUCAUCCCCCCCACAGGUGAGGGUUAGGAGCAUAACUCCUCCUUCACCACGACCGACUGGACCAACAGCCUCAUUACUGAGGACGAGGCCCAGAUCCACCGAUCCAGCUCCAGGAUCUUUGAAGCUUUGGUGGGCGAUCUGAAUUCCUACAAGAACUUUAGUGUCAUUAAGUUUGUUUCAGAUGUUUAUAAAGAACAAACAGAAAUUAACAGAAAUAAUUAAAUUUUAUUAACUGAGAACUAACAGAUCUGUUUUUACAGCCAGCUUUCACAAUGUUGAGGAAGACUCUGUAUGGCAGGCCAUUUUAACAUAAAAUCAGCUUCACCUCACUCACAUUCCUAACAUCUUAAAUCGGUUCAUAGACGUAUUACAUAAAAUAGAUCUCUAGUUACAUUCAAUGAUUUCAGAUUUACCAUUCAGUUUAGAGGCUAGUUUUAGAUAUCAGAUAUUUAAGAUUGGAUCAGUGCAAAUAAAAUUACAGAUUUAUUGAAAGCAAAUAAUGACUCCGCAAAACUAUCUUAUAAAUAUCUAUAAAACUGUAAUUAUGACAAGUCAUAACUCCUCUAAGAUAUCUCCAGUUGAAUUACAGAUAUCUUGGGUAUUUUUUUUUAUCUAUUUAAGACAUCUUGAAUAUUCUGUCUAGUCAAAACAUCAGAUUUACAAAGCAUUUUAGCUGAAAGUUUCUAAGAUAUUUUAGUCUUACUGACACUAACUUUACCUUAAUUUGCUGUUCAGUGGUCUUCAGUCUUAGGUCAGUCCAAAUCGAAUUCUUGCUGAAGCUCAGCAUGAAUUAAAAAAACAAUAAUUUAUUGUCUGUCAUUGCAGCCAAACAAAACCCUGCAGGCAUCUGUUUGGGCAGCUAAGUGACAGCAGGGGGCGGGGCUUAUGCACAGUUUCUUAUUUCAGAUGUUUAAAAAUAAAUUUUGACUCAUCAUAAUUACAUUUAAAAAUCUUGAACUGUAAUUACAGAUGUGUGACUCUUUAAAUGAUAAAUGCGUUGACGUCAUUUGAGAUUUUUUUUAAUUUACAUUUUGAUUUGUCAGAAUGAAUCUGAAGAAAUCUUGCAGAUAUCUUAAAUUAUCUGGACAGGUCUAAGAGUGCAGAUAUCUUAAAUUACCAUUCAGGAUAUUCAAAAUGUAGUUGCUCCUUGUUAAAACUUGUUUUUAGACAUCUAGGAUGUAAAUACAGAUCGUCAGACGAAGCUGAUUUUAUGUUAAAAUGGCCUGCCGUAGCUCUCAGCUACUAACACACCAGAUUACAGCUCAUUAUUGUUAAAAUGGUUGUAGCCAUUUUUAUAUCAACAUCGACUCAAAUUAAUCAGUCCAUCAUAUAGUUCAUGAGAUAUUUUUCUAACAGUCAAGUAAUCGUGUAAAAAUGUAAACUAAUAAUUUAGCUGAAAUUGGACUAAAAGCUGAGUUUAUUAAUAGUUAAAGUAAAAACUGGGACACAGACGACGAUUAACGUUUUAAUUAAAAUUAUUCAACUUUAAAUAAAAGUUUAGAUAAAAUGACAAACCUUCAAACGGGCUGAGAGUUGUGAGGAGUUAGUUUUUUCUUAACUUUACAUAAAAGUUAAUAAUUAACAUCUUAAUGGAAUGUAUCUGUAGGCUCAGAUUAGCUCAGAUUAACUAAUCCAGAAGUAGAGAAGUUAACCACGUCACUGAUAAUCUUGUAUGUAUAUUAUUCUAAAACCAUUUAGUUUUAGUUUUUAAGAGAACAUGUAAAAAAAAAGGUCAUCUAUGUUUUAUAUAAUCAAGCUUUUUUGUAUUUUUAUACUUGAAAAGGAUUCAUAAACAUGUAACACAUUUAUUCUAUAAAUUAUUAUUUUUCUGUGUUAAAGAUUUUAUUUUUUCUGCGAACCAUGAACCGAACCAUGAGUCACACGUUCUGGAUUCUAACUGUAAAAAAAACAAACAAUAAAAAACUAACAUUUAAUUAAAAAAAAAACAAGCAGGAGUUCGUAGCUGUUUUAAUCUAAUAUAACCGACUGUGUUCACUCCUCAGAUUAAACUGUUUAUUCAUGGUUUAUUGAUGAAUGUGUGGUAAAAAACCAUCUGUGGAUGUUUAAAUCAUGUAUAUAAACCCAAACAGUAUAUUACAGAGCUGGUUUUAUGUGAAGUUUUUUAAUAAACUCUAAAAUGGCAUGCAAACUGUAAACAUUCCUGGAAAUCUGCACGCUGACUCAGCAUUCAGUGUAACCCUGUGAGCCGUAGAGUAAAAACUGUACAGAAACAUUAGAGUUUUGUAUCCCGUUCUGUCAGAAGAAAGAAAGAAAAAAAUUAAUAAAACUUUAUCGUCAACCCAGAAAUAAAUCUAAAAUAUGUAUCAUCUAACAGCCGUUCCUUCAGUUUGAAAGUGAUGCCUGCCGUGUGGGUAAGUGUUGUCUGUGAAGAGAAACUUCAGCACAAAUCUGAACGAAAAGAUUCAAAGUUGCUGCUUUUUGUACGUUUGUUGUGUUUUUGUGACAAUAAAGGUCUGAUCUGUCACAGCUGUC